AUGAUUAGACUGUUUGGCAACAUUGUGUAUGUCGGCGCUCUGGGCUCCGUUGAGCCGCCGCGCGCCAUCCUGCUGUCCUGCCGCCUGCCGUCGCCGCCGUCUGACGUGACGACGUCUCCACGUCUGUUGCCGUGUGCCGUGUUUUCGCCGGUACCUAAAGCUCCGCGACCGCCUCGCGACCGAUCAACAAACACGACCUUGCUUGAUCGCGUUUUCUGUUAUAUUCGCACUUAUGGUCGAAUUUAUCCUGCAAUCCUGCUAGGUUCUUUACUACCGCCCGGAGGUUCCCAGUGUCCAUAAGGGGGCGUUAUCGUCCACUUUUAGAAACACUGACAUAGUAAUGCUACGAUCACCGCUGCGUCCCACCUGGACAAAUUCCUUAAUCAGCCCUUGAUUUAAUGGUAUUGAGAUCUAUAUCCAAAAUCAAAAUUGUUGGCAGUAAAUUAUCUCUGAUGCCGAAAAACCUCUGUUGUCAGAUUUUAGAAAUGAAUUUAUCUAAAUACUUUAAAAUUGUAUAAUCUAAAGAGAGACCUAUAGAUUUUUAAUAUAUCGCAAUUCAAUACGUAUAGCUAUGACAAUAACUCAUACUACUUUCUGUAUAUAUUGUCAGGGUGUUAAAGUCAUAACAAUAAAUCAUGUCCACCUCACUAUCAUAUGAAAAAUUGCAAUUUAAUAGGAAAGUACAUAACCUGAUUCAACACAAAAAUACCUCCUGUGCAAGAGACAGUUAGUGGUUAAUGCAGAGAUAUGUGACAGGAUAAUCGAAAAAUCCAUGGUGUACUGGAUGGGAAACGAUGUUGUCAGUACGGUAAAUAGAAUAGAAAUUCGAAAUGCGACUGCAAUUAACUUCAAGUCAAGGUUCAUGAUCAUGAGUAUGAAGAUUAAUGGUAAUUAUUGAGUUGAAUAAAUAGGUAGUAAUUAUAAAUUGGUAUCGCUGAGUAUGGUGCAUGAUACGGUGCUUACUUGAACAUUUUAUGGCAAGCUUUUUGUAUCUUAUAUCAAAGUUUGAUUCUUGGGUUAGAGUAGCCAUUAUUUUUAAGGUUAACAUAGUCGCAGGCACUAAUUUGUACUUAGAGAACUAAGCAAUUGGUAAUACAAGGCCUCAAUAUUGGUAUGAAGAAAUUAUGGAAAAAUUCGAGAUAUGAACUGUCUCUACAUGUGAUGUAGG